GGGAGGGGAGGGGAGGCAGCCUGUUGCUCAUGAUCAUCAAAUAACCUCCUCGUACUCUACGAGCCUAGUGCCUGUGCAUAGAUGGAGCAGAGUUAAACCAGGCAGCAGCAGAAGCAUUUCAUAUUUUCCCUCGUGCGUUCUUCUCAGCGCCUUUGGCAAACUAACAGCUGCUAAGGAAGUGAUUCAGGAGCGCAGUGCCUUUAUGUGUAAGAUAUCUGAGGUAGAUAUCCUGAAGUGUCAUUAAAGCAGAAGAGAAGAGUCACGGUCCCAUCCGCAACACUAUUUCCCAAAGAGAUCUUCAGUCAGGGAUCAGACUCAACACAAAUCGAGUGAUGGAUGUGCUUUGAAAGUGUGACAGUGUGCUGGUGGGAGAUUGAGCACAGGGAUGUGAGCGGACCAGUAAAGAUGACCCUGUUGGCGGGUGAUGGCUCUGACUAUGACUACAGUGCCCUGAGCUGUGCCUCUGACACCUCCCUCAACCCACCUCCCAUACAAGAGGAGGAGGCUCGAAAAGGAGCUUUCUACAGGAGGGCUCAGCUUGCUCCUGAGCUCAGCACCAUCCACGACGACACCCCACUGUCCAGCGCCCGUAAACUCCACGCCAUCAUCAAUGUGGGUGGCCUGCGUUACCAGCUGCCUUGGACCACCUUAGAGGACUUCCCCCUGUCUCGUCUGGGCCAGCUGCACCUCUGCAGCAGCUUUGAUGAGAUCAUGCGUAUCUGCGAUGACUAUGAUGUUACACACAAUGAGUUCUUCUUUGACCGCAGCCCCUGUGCCUUCCGGACCAUCCUGACCUUUCUGCGGGCGGGUAAGCUGCGAUCCCUCAGGGAGAUGUGCGCCCUCUCCUUCAGGGAUGAGCUGCUCUACUGGGGGGUCCCUGAGGAGAGCCUGGAGUGGUGCUGUCGCCGGCGUCUCCUGCAGCGUGUGGAGGAGUUUGAAGCGAUGGAGAGAGCAGAGGAGGAGGAGGAACUCCUGGAGGAUCUGUUGGAUUCAGACAGCGGCCACAGGGAGCUUGCAGCAGAGUCCAGAGUCAGUCAGUGCAUGGGCAAGCUCAGAGACAUGGUGGAGAGGCCUCACUCAGGCCUCCCAGGGAAGAUCUUUGCUUGUUUGUCAGUGUUGUUUGUCACCAUCACUGCCAUCAAUCUAUCCAUCAGCACCCUGCCUGCCAUGAGGGAGGAGGAGGAGGCGGGUACGUGCUCCCGGAUGUGCUACAACAUCUUCAUUGUGGAGACGGUGUGUGUGGCCUGGUUCUCCCUGGAGUUCACCCUGCGCUUUAUACAAGAUCGAAGCAAGCUGACCUUCCUCAGACAGCCCCUCAACCUGAUUGAUGUGGUGGCCAUCCUGCCAUACUACAUCACCCUGCUGGUAGACAGCACCUCCAAAGGGGAGAAGCGGCUGGGCUCUGGCAGCAGCUACCUGGACAAAGUGGGCUUGGUGCUGCGUGUCCUGAGAGCCCUGCGCAUCCUCUAUGUGAUGCGUCUAGCUCGCCAUUCGCUGGGCCUGCAGACUCUGGGCCUGACAGCGCGACGCUGCACGCGGGAGUUUGGACUGCUCCUCCUCUUCCUGUGUGUGGCCAUCGCACUGUAUUCCCCCCUGCUGUACUUGAUUGAGAAUGAAAUGGCCACCACACAGGAGUUCACCAGCAUCCCUGCGACCUACUGGUGGGCUGUCAUCACCAUGACGACAGUGGGUUACGGGGACAUGGUGCCGAGGAGCAUCCCGGGGCAAGUGGUGGCUCUGAGCAGCAUCCUGAGCGGGAUCCUUCUCAUGGCCUUCCCCGUCACCUCCAUCUUCCACACCUUCUCACGGUCCUACGUGGAGCUGAAGCAGGAGCAGCAGAGGCUGCUGCAGAGGAGGACACACUUCCUGCUGCGGAGCCGCAUGGCCGGCCUGGGCAGCAACCUCUCCUUAGAGAGUGACAUGCUCUUCCCCAUAGGGUCGUCUGACACCAGAGACUUAGAUGACUGAGACUGUUGGACAAUAGUUGACAGGAGAGACUGGGGGUAGGACUGAGUGAGGUUACAAAGGACACUGAGGAUGUGAAGAGGGUAUGGAAGCCCAUUUCUGCCAAUUUGAUGAAAACGUUUUUUCAUCACAAUGGUAGAACUGGCCUUCCAUAAAGACGAGAGGGAGAUAACCAGGAUGAAGAGGAACAAACAUAGACAGAAGGGUAGAGAAUGAAGUCUCUAUAAACAAGCUACAGAAAAGAUUUUUUCUUCCCAGAAAUGCAGCCUUGCUGUGUAGCAGUGUAUUUUUGAUGAUGAGGAUGAGGAGAGGCUGAGAAAUAACUUUUUUUUUAUAUCAAAGUAAGUCAAAUAAGUCAAAUCAAAUAAGCUUAAAAACUACACAAAAACCUCUUUAAAACUAUUCCAGGAUAACAAUGAUCUAUAUUAUAAUAGUCACAUAUGGGAAUACAUUGUAAUUCAAGUGAAAUAUGUGAGUUGACACAAGAAAUAACUGAAGAGCACAAGCACGACGUCCUUAUGAUCCAACAACAUAGUGCUGUUUUUCACCUCUGAUUAGAUGUUGUCAUGGAUUUGUGGAUGUGGUGUGGUCCUGGGAGUUAAGCAGCGUUGCUUAAUGGAAGAUGCUCUCUGCUUUUGUUUAGUCCCAAAGGUUAAAUGGAGUUUUUAUCUUAACUAAAAUGUGACCCUCAGUCCACUGAUUAUUUUCUGAGUGACUGCACAAACUGAGAAUUAUGUUGGAUUCCUUAAUAUCCCCAUCUCUGGCACUGCUGGCUUCCACAUAUUAAUUAUGAUGUGUUAAUUGUCCUUCUACUUCUUGAGGUUCCAUAUGCAGUUUUUGAAUACUUUUGGACAUUUUGAAGAUAGCAUUAUUGUGCUUGUAAUUACUGCAGUUGCUGUGCAUAGCUGUUUAUAAUUUAUUUCUCUCCUUAAAGUGGA